AAUGAAAGUGAAAGCUGUACAUGAAUUUUAAGACUGGUGUCACCAUUUUAUCGAGAAAUAUGAACAGGAUUCCAGAAUAAUAAAAAGAUAUUUAGUAUUUCAAGAGGCCCCAGCAGGAGUUAUCUGGUCUGGAUUGGUACAAAAAUGGAGGGAGCUACUUCAGAAAUGAGUUCCUCUGUGGAGUGUAAAACAAAGGGGACUGAGAGUGUCCUGAUGGAGAAAGCAGGCUCACCUGCACCCAGCUGUGUUUCCAUGAAGAGUGACAGGUCAAUGGACAAACCACUCAAAUUAGACCAAAUGGAAGGAUGCAGUUCAGAUCUACAGGAUAAACUGGGUUUUUCUUCCAUAUUGAAGUCACUAGAGGAAAAUGCUGUAAGGUUCCUGAAGGACGAGCUGAAGAAGAUCACGAGGUACCUAGAGCAGAAUUACCCAGAAUGCUCUGAGCCUCAGCUGGAGGAGGACAACGACCUGGACAGUGAUGGUCAGAUGCAGAAGACCUGUGCUAGAGAGGGAGCUCUGAAGAUCACACUGUACAUCCUGAGGACCAUGAAUGAAAAUGAUCUGGCUGACAUACUGGAGAAGAGGCAUCUUCUGUCACAGUGUCAGCACAUAAUCAAAUGUAACCUGAAGAAGAAAUUUGAGUGUGUAUUUGAAGGGAAAGCUAAGGAAGGACAGCCAACACUUCUCAAAGAGAUUUACACAGAACUCUACAUAACUGAAGGUGGGACUGGAGGAAUCAAUGAUGAACAUGAAGUGAGACAGAUUGAAAUAGCAUUCAAGAAAAGGGUUACAGAAGAUAUUACAAUCAAGUGCAAUGAUAUAUUUAAACCCUUAACUGGGCGUGAGAAACCUAUCAGAACUGUACUCACUAAAGGGGUUGCAGGUAUCGGGAAAACAGUCUCUGUGCAGAAAUUUAUUCUCGACUGGGCAGAAGGAAAAGCAAACCAGGAUGUUCACUUCAUAUUUCCUCUUCCUUUCCGGGACCUGAAUUUGAUUAAGGAUAAAUACAGUCUGAUGGAACUGCUUCAGCACUUUGUCCCAGAACUGAAAUCACUUGAACACACUGAGCUGUUUAGGUACAAAGUCUUAUUCAUCUUUGAUGGCCUAGAUGAGUCUCGCCUUUCAUUAGAUUUUCAAAAGAAUGAGAAUUGGUUUGAUUUAACAAAGAAAAUUUCACUGGAUGUGCUGUUGACUAACCUCAUUAGGGGGAACCUACUUCCAUCCGCUCUCCUCUGGAUAACCUCCCGACCAGCAGCAGCCAAUCAGAUACCUCCUGAGUGUGUCCACCAGGUGACAGAGAUACGAGGGUUCAGUGAUGGCCAGAAGGAGGAGUAUUUCAGGAGGAGAUUCAGUGAUCAGAGCCUGGCCAGCACGAUUAUCACACAUGUGAAAUCAUCAAGGAGCCUCUUCAUCAUGUGCCACAUACCUGUGUUCUGCUGGAUUUCAGCCACUGUGCUUGAGAGGCUUUUUAGUGAGAAUGACAAGAGAGAAAUUCCAAGGACUCUGACUGAAAUGUACACACACUUCCUGAUAUUUCAGACAGAUUUAAAAAGUAACAAAUACAUGAAAAAACAAAAAACAGAAAAUAAAAAAUACUUAGAAAAUAAUACAUUCCUUCUCAAACUUGGUAAACUGGCCAAUGUCAAUCUUGAGAAAGGCAAUCUCAUUUUUUAUGAGCAAGAUUUGACAGAAAAUGGCAUUGAUGUCACUGAAGCUUCAGUUUACUCUGGAGUGUGCACAGAAGUCUUUAAGGAGGAAUAUGGGUUGUAUCAGGAGAAGGUGUACUGCUUUGUGCAUCUGAGCAUCCAGGAGUAUCUCGCUGCUUUAUAUGUGUUUCUUUCAAACUCAUCAGCUGAUCACCUGAAGUCUGCAACGGAUCAGGCAUUAAAGAGCAAGAAUGGACACUUGGACCUCUACCUCCGCUUCCUCCUGGGCCUCUCAACAGACUCCAGUAAGACUCUGUUACCAAGGCUACUGGGACAGACAAGAACCAGAUUACAUAACAUUAACGAAACAGCCCAAUAUAUCAAGGAGAAAAUAAAGGAGAAUUUGUCUCCAGAAAGGACCAUCAACCUGUUCCACUGUCUGAAUGAACUGGGUGACAAUUCUCUAGUAGAGGAAGUACAGAGAUACCUGAAUUCAGGACGUCUUUCAGCAGCAGACCUCUCACCUGCACAGUGGUCAGCUCUGGCCUUUGUGUUACUGAUGUCAGAUGAGGAGCCGGAUGUGUUUGAGCUGAAGAAAUACAUCAGAUCAGAUGAAGGUCUCCAGAGGCUGCUGCCUGUGGUCAAGAAAUACAAGACAGCACUGUUGAACCGCUGUAAUCUCACAGAGAAAUGCUGUGAUGCGCUGGUUUCAACUCUCAGAUCAGACUCCUCACACCUCAGAGAGCUGGACCUGAGUGACAAUGACCUGCAGGAUUCAGGAGUGAAGCUGCUCUCUGCUGGACUGAAGGAUUCACACUGUAAACUGGAGAUGCUGAGGUUGGGCAGCUGUAAUCUCACAGAGAAAUGCUGUGAGUCGCUGGCUUCAGCUCUCAGAUCAAACUCCUCACACCUGAGAGAGCUGGACCUGAGUGACAAUGACCUGCAGGAUUCAGGAGUGACGCUACUCUCUGCUGAACUGGGGAAUUCCCACUGUAAAGUGGAAAUACUGAGGCUGUCCAACUGUAGUAUCAGAGAAGAAGGCUGUUCUUCCUUGGCUUCAGCUCUGAGGUCAAACCCCUCACACCUGAGAGAGCUGGAUCUGAGCUACAAUCACCCAGGAGACUCAGGAGUGGAGCCGCUCUCUGCUGUACUGAAGGAUCCCAGCUGUAAACUGGAGAAAAUGAAGCUGAACAGCUGUAAAUUGAGUUGGGAAUCCUGCAUAGUACUGGCCUCUGUCCUCAGCUCAAACUCACACCUGAGAGAGCUGGACCUGAGAGACAAUGAGCUGCCAGAUUUAACAGAGAAACAGUGCCCAGGAUUUGAAAGGCAGAUGCUGCAGUCAGCAUUGCUGGGUUUUACACGCUGCAAACUGGACAUACUGAGCCACCUAUCAGGACUGAAGUUUGACACCCCUGGUUUAGGGGGAUAG